AUGGGGUCUCGCGCUCGCAUCGUCUCCCUCCUCCUCGCCUUCCUCUUCGCGCGCGCCGCCGAGCCGAUCGCCGCCGCCGCCGCACCCGCCGGCAGCAGGCACCUUACGAAGGACAAGCGUCGCGCCUCGCGCGGUUUUAUGAAGCAAGAAGCAUUCCCGAAACGAUCCCUGCGCUGCGGCUACGCGCACGGCGCACCCGUACUGCGGCCUGCGGGAGAGUUCUUGUUGGAGCGCCUUCGCUCACGCCGGCCACCGGGCCACGGCUUUAAUUUUCAGGACCACCGGCAAUUCAAGCAGCGCUACUUCGAGUUCCUUGACUACCACCGCGCCCCCGGCGGCCCGGUCUUCCUGCGCAUCUGCGGUGAGUCCGCCUGCGACGGCAUCCCCAACGACUACCUGGCCGAAUCUUUGAAUGCCCGGUACAACCGAUCAGGUUUUGACAAUCCCUGGUUCGUCAUCGGGAUCUCCUACUCCGGCGCUCUCAGCGCUUGGUUCAGGCUCAAGUUCCCCCAUUUGACAUGUGGGAGCCUCGCGAGCUCAGGGGUGGUUCUUGCAGUGUACAACUACAUCGACUUUGACAAGCAGGUUGGAGAGUCAGCUGGCCCUGAGUGCAAAGCUGUCCUUCAGGAAAUAACUGAACUUGUUGAUGAACAGCUCCGGUUGGACAGUCACUCGGUGAAGGCUCUGUUUGGAGCACAGACGUUGAAAAAUGAUGGUGACUUCCUCUUCUUCCUGGCAGAUGCCGCAGCUAUAACAUUCCAAUAUGGGAAUCCAGAUGCCUUGUGCCCUCAGCUAAUAGAGGCAAAGAAGAACAAGAAAAACUUGGUGGAAGCAUAUGCUCAGUUUGUGAAAGAUUUUUACAUUAAAAAAAUGGAGACACCACCAUCUUCGUAUGAUCGAGAAUAUUUGAAGGAAACAACUCCAGAUGAUUCUGGUUCUAGGCUCUGGUGGUUCCAAGUUUGCAGUGAGGUUGCCUACUUUCAAGUGGCACCCAAAAAUGAUAGCGUUCGUUCUGCAAGGAUCAAUACGAAGUACCAUUUGGACCUAUGCAGAAAUGUUUUUGGGGAAGGCGUUUAUCCUGAUGUGUUCAUGACGAACUUGUAUUAUGGAGGCACAAGAAUUGCUGCUUCUAAAAUUGUGUUUACAAAUGGCUCCCAAGAUCCAUGGCGUCAUGCCUCCAAGCAGAAAUCAUCGAAAGACAUGCCAUCGUACCUAAUGAAAUGCAGAAAUUGUGGACAUGGAACUGAUUUGAGGGGCUGUCCGCAAUGGCCUUUCAGGGUUGAAGGGGACUCUUCAAACUGCUCAUCUCCCGCAGCAGUCAAUGCAGUAAGAGAGAGGAUCGCCAAGCACAUUGACCUGUGGCUGUCGCAAUGCAAUAAACCAUCAGUAGGGUAUGGGUCUCUGCCCCUCUAG